AGGGUGCCGUCCCAUUAAGCACGGAUCGGAAUGACGGAUCGGAUUUCUCACUAGAAUUGAGCGAUCCGUUCCAGUUCCGUUCCGUAAAAAUUUGCUCUACCAGUCCCAUAUAGCUAAAACGGAACGGAAUGUCACAUCGGUCGCAAGUUAAUACGCUUAAUUCAUUGAUAUUUCGUUAUUUUGAUGCGACUGAACCGAUAACAUACAUAAUUUGUUUAAUUAUCUUGCCAAUAACAUUGAUGUAAGUACUCUGAAAUACUGAAUUGUAAGAAUAAAAUAUAUUUUAUAACCAGAUUCCGUUCCGUUUUUGCUACAUGGGACGGGUAGAGAAAUUUUUUACGGAACGGAACAUCCGUGGUUGAGAGGAGAAAUUGUAAGAAACGUAAAUAAUAUAUGUAAUAUUAGACAGGUUUAAUUUUAACGUGGAAGUGCGUACGUGCUCUUUGGACCCAAAGUUUGUGAUUUUAACUAUUAUAUAUUUUGGCGAAGUCGUAUUGUUUAGACGAUUCUACAUCUAUAUCUGGACAUCCUUUCAUAUCUGAAUAUCAGCUUGCUGGAGCUUGUAUAAAAAUAUAUUUUGAAACACAUAACGAGAUGAAUGAAAAAACAAUCUUAUUAAUUAUGUUAAAAAAACUGCAAACGGCGAAGAAUUUGCCAACUUGGCAUGCUGUAUCGGUGUUCGAGAGAGUGCGGAAAUUGUAUUUAGGUUUUGUUUUUCUGCAAAAGCAGAAAAUUAUUAGAAAGAAACGGAAAUUCUGGGUACGGCCAAUGUUCACGCACGUAAUGAGGCAUUUGCAAGGUGCAAGUGACAAUUUAGUUGUUGAGAUGCAAAUAAACGAUCGUGAAAAGUUCUUCAAUUACUUCAGAAUGACUCCGGAAGCAUUUCAAGAACUACUAAUGUUAGUUGAACCACGUAUUAAAAAAAAAGAAAUUUGUCGAAUCCCAAUUUCACCUCGUACAAGAUUGCAGCUGACAUUGCGCUGGUUAGCAUCCGGUGACAGUCUUGCAUCUCAUUCGUAUGCAUUUCGUAUUGCAUCCAAUACAGCAUCAAAAAUCGUAAGGGAAACUUGCACUGCAUUAUGGGAGGUCUUAAAGGAUAAAGUUUUUCUGCAACCCACCACUGAAAAUUGGCAACAGGUUGCUGACGAAUUUCAGGAAAUUUGUCAAUUUCCAAACUGCAUUGGCUCUUUAGAUGGGAAGCACAUUAACGUUCAGGCACCACCGAAUAGUGGCUCGUCCUGUUAUGAUUAUAAAGGUAACCACAGCAUCAACCUACUUGCUGUGAGUGAUGCAAAUUGUUGCUUCAGCAUCGUGGACAUUGGAGCGGAAGGGAGACGUAGCGAUGCGGGUGUGUUUGCUAGCAGUAAUCUUGCUCAUUUAUUGGAUACGAAUUCACUUCAACUGCCUCCGGAUAGGCAUUUGGAUAAUAGUGGAUUCAAAUUUCCAUAUGUCAUAGUAGGGGACGAAGCAUUUCCACUAACAUCUUAUAUGAUGCGGCCAUACUCUCGAAGUGGGAACUUAACUGUUACAAAGAAAAUUUUUAAUUAUAGAUUAAGUCGGGCACGAAGAACUGUAGAAUGCUCAUUUGGGAUACUAGCGGCAAGGUGGCGAAUUUUUCGUCGACCAAUUAUCGCUCACAUUUCAACGGCCAAAUUAGCCGUUCAAGCUGCAACAGCUGUACAUAAUUUUCUUAUGAAACGCGAACUUCAAUUAGAGUCAACAGAAAGAACUUAUUCUGUUUUAAGUAGCAAUGAGCGAAAUGUAACGUCGACUGGAAUUGAAAAUCUACGUAAUUGCAGUGUGCGAAGGAACGUUGAAGCCAUACGAAUUAGAGACGCUUUUGCUACGUAUUUCGAAACUUCAAAUCCACUUGAUUGGCAGUGGAGAAAAGCACUAAACAAUGAGUAUUAAAUUUCUAUUAUGUCCCUAUAAACACAAUAUUCCUCAAAGAAAAUAAGAUAUAAUAUCCUACACCUCAUUGUUUUGAACUUUGAACUUACGUACAUGUAUAUGUAAUGUAACAACAAAAUAUUAAUUUCUUUUAUACUCAAAUAUGAACUACUUAUCACGUUUUAUUGAAAUAGAAAUAAAUGUUUUAAUAUAAAAUGUAUUGGUAGAAAAAUAAAGAUAAUAAUAAUACAAAAAA